CCCGACCCCCACUCCUGUUGGUUUGCAAUGACGCGAGAUGGGCUUGGGGUCGCGCCCUCUGGUGUUUCCCUCGGGACGUUGUUCCUGGGCGGUUAGGAACUGUUGAGAGCGGUUCUCCUAGGCUAGCUAGCCCCUCUUUCACAUUGAAAACAGGGAUACCAGCCUGGUUUGGGCCGUCCUAAACUUGAAGGACCAGGUAGCAUCCUAUCCACAAAACGGGCACUAAAUACACGUCCACAGUUACCGAAAACAUUAGCUAUUCACUUGUCAGGAAUUAUACUGGACGAAGCCUUCCUGGGGAUAACAUUCCCUUUGUGACUAGUCUUCUUCCCUUUACUGAGGAAGAAAUCCUCAAGAGGUAGAUUUCUUAGUGGCCAACCAGAACCAUGGACAGCUCGGCAAAAGGAAAUAAAAAAGAUGCGCAAGAUGGACCAUCCAAAGACACGAAGCUGCCUACCAGCGAAGCACUUCUGGACUACCAUCGUGAGAUAAAGGAGAAUGCAGUGGAACGAAUCAUGUUUCAGAUCAAGAAGCUGAGGGACAGGAACCAAAGGUACCAAGACAGGAAUAGACGCCUCAAAGAAGAACAGAAAUGGCACAUAAAGAACCUCCUGAAAGAGCUGACCGAGGAGAAGUCAGAAGGAGCCCCGAUCGUGACAAGGGAAGACGUUGAGGAAGCAAUGAAGGAAAAAUGGGAGUUUGAAAGAAACCAGGAGAAAAACUUGAAAGAAAUGCGCUUACAAAUAAAUGAUGCUGAGAAGCUGUUUCUUGAGAAACUCAGUGAAAAGGAGUAUUGGGAAGAGUACAAGAAUUCAGGGAGUGCUCAGCACGCUCAACUCAUUCUUUCCUUACAAAAUGACAUCGAAACAGUCAAAGAAAAUGCCGAGAAAAUGUCAGAACAGUAUAAAAUCACUCUGGAAGACACUAGAAAGAGGAUAAUCAGAGAAACCCUGAUACAACUAGACCUAAGGAAGGAAUGGGCCACUCAGAAUGCCGUGAGGUUCAUUGACAAGGGCAACUACCGAGAGAUCUGGGAGAAUGACUGGCUAAAAAAAGAAAUUUCGACUCACAGGAAGGAAGUUGAAAGACUGGAAAAUUGUGUUCAACAACUAGAAGAGGAAAAUUUGUUGCUUAUUGACCAGCUGUUUAACUGUAGACUUUUGGAUCUCAAAAUACCCAGGAAACUGUAUCUGACUCAAGCCGUGGGGCAGCAAGUGCCACCUGAAGAUGUGUCUUUGAAGUUGCCAGAGAUAGACAUAGUCCCAGAGGAGAAUCUGAAAUCGCCCACUGAGGCGGAGGGUGAAGACGCAUUGAACCUCUCCCCCGGAAGCAGCCAUGAGGCCAGCAGUCCAGAAGUCCACUUCACAGAGUUAGAAAGAGAGGACAGCUCGUCCACAGAGAUGGAGUGCUCUAUCGUCCAUCAUUUGCUGCAUGAGGAUGAACAGGACUUCAAGGAAUAUGUAAACUUGGGCCCCCUGGCUUUGAAGCUCAUGAGCGUGGAGGGCAGGAAAAUGCCCAUUCAUUUUCAAGAAAAGCAGUCUCCAGUCAAAUCUUACGAAGACAUCCAGAGCCCUGAGAGACAUAUCACACAUAAGAUGAUGAAGAUGUUUCUCUAGGCCUGAAAGCUGCAUCGUGGAAAAACCACCUUCCCGUGGAAACUCCUUGUGAAUUAAAGUGCCCAGGUUGCUCACUUUACUCACA